AUGGCUGAAGAUUAUAAGCAGCUUUAUGAAUCUAGGGAUGAUUAUGAUGUGAUUAUUUAUGCUGGCGAAAAGCCCAAUUCUGAAGAAAUUCAUGCUCAUUCUUUAGUACUUCGUACCAGGUCCGCUUAUUUUCGUGGUGCUAUUUCCUCUAGUUGGGCAAUAAAAGAUAAAGAUUAUGAUCAAGAAGGAGAGACAAUCUUAGAGCUUUUGUUUGCUUCAGAUGAAUUUGGCCUUACGAAACUUAUUGACCAUGUUCAACAAUAUUUCGUUGAAAAUCACAAAGACUUUUUACAACAAGAUCCUGCAAAAAUGCUUCAUGUUGUUGCUCGUCAUGAAGCUCUUGAUGAGAUUAGAAAACAUUCAUUAGAAACCAUUGGAACAAAACCUGAAAUUAUAUUUG